AUGGCUUUAAUGCGCUGCAUGAACAUCAAUACAUUCGAGCUACAUGCCGGUACUCAGAUAAACUUCAAAGAGCAAGGCUAUGCCAUUCUAUCUCACCGAUGGGGAGCUAAUGAGAUCCUACUCUCUGAAAUUGGAAAAUUCGCCCGAGAAUUGAGACACACCAAGCAUCGUCACGCUUUGCCCCAACUGGAUAAGAUUCUCGGUGCUUGCAUCACCGCCAGAAAACAAGGACUCCAGUGGAUUUGGAUCGACAACUGCUGUAUCAAUAAGUCUGACAGCUCUGAACUAUCUGAAUCGAUUAACUCAAUGUUCAAAUGGUAUAGCGAAGCUGUGGUCUGUUUGACAUAUCUUUCUGAUGUGCGCCGAACACCGGAAAGUCAGGUUGGAUCUCAAGUCUUUCGGAGCUUCGAGACAGGUGAUAUGUCGAAAUGGUUCACACGUGGAUGGACAUUGCAGGAGCUUCUCGCACCGCGGAAGCUCCUUUUCUAUGAUGCGGACUGGAAUUAUCUUGGAUCGAAGGGAGACUUGGCAGAAGCUAUCGAGGACGUUACUGGUAUUAGUGCACACUAUCUGACUGGCCAGGAAGACUUCCGAGUAGCCUGUAUUGCAGCCAAGAUGAGCUGGGCAGCAAAUCGCGAAAUAACACGGGAAGAGGAUAUUGCAUACAGUCUAUAUGGGAUUUUCAACCUCCACUUGCCUGUCCAGUAUGGAGAAGGCAAAGGAGCUUUUUUGCGACUCCAGGAUGCUCUGAUCGCCAAGAAUGACGAGUCGCUUUUCGCCUGGAAAAUGCCUCCCGACGGUCCAAGGUCCGCAUAUCAAAUCGUACCAGACAACAUGGUAGAUCUAGGACCAGACGAGUGGGGUCUUUUAGCUCCCUCGCCGAAAUGGUACAGUCAUUGUGGAAAGAUGACAAUACAGCACAAGAAGACGGUGAUGAGGCAACGAGGAGGGUUUACAAGAACGCCGCAAGGUAUCAGUGGUGCUAUUGGCAAGCGAAAUCACUACGUCACUGCUGUACUUACUGGAUUAACUGUUGUGGGAGCAAUACCUUUCCAAAUAUGGCUGGCUGUGAGACAGAGGACAACGCUCAAGUACACUCUCAAUUGUUGGGAACCGAACGAGGCUGGUGUACUGAGAGCCGUGCGACUGCACCUACGCCCUGUAAAGAGGGAUCCUCCAAUGUGGACCCGGACUGCGAGCCAAGGCUAUGAUUUGGUUAAAGAGUCACCUUCUACGGAUUAUGCUGCGGUCGGAACAGUUUGGCAGCCUCAGCUAUUCUGA